GCUGCGCAAGCCUCGCUUCGUGGACCUGUGGGAGUUCUCGCUGGCCGACCACCGCCGCAUCUUCCGCGAGGUGUGGCAGGAGUACAAGGCGUCGUUCGAGGGCCCGUCCGAGGAGGAGAUGGAGCGCAGCAAGCAGGAGGUCAAGCGCGCGGUGCAGGCGGUGCGCGGCCAGGUGUCGUCCACCGCCAGCGAGAACCUGUCCUUCAUCGACAAGAGUCUGGAGGGCACCAAGGCCCACGACAACAUCCACGCGCUCGGGGAGCAGGGGGCCGAGAACGUCAAGUUCCUGGCCGAGAAGGUCAAGCACGUGGCCGAGGGCGUGGACACGGACGCCGUGGCGAGCCACGCCAAGCAGGUCGUGGACGACACUCGCAGCAAGGACGACGUGGCCACGACGCUCAAGAAGAACGUGGACGAGCUGCGCCACCUCGCCAAGGAGGGGAGGGACGCGGCGCUGCGGCUCGACAAGAAGGACGUCGAGACGUUCAAGACCAGCGCCCAGUCGUGGUUCGCGGACAAGCUGCUGGUGGGGCAGUCGGUGCUCAUGGCGUUCAUUGAAGGGUACCGCGAGGGCAAGGAGCUGGAGCUGGAGCGCGAGGACGCUCUGCUCAUCACGUUCGCCAAGCAAGCCGCGGAGGACCACAAGGACAUUCUGGAGAACCAGCUCAAGAAGAUCAUGGACCAGCAGCGCGAGAAGCAACGUCAGGAACAAGAGGAGGCGGCAGCCAAGGCGGCUGCAGAGGAGGCUGGAGGCUUGGAGGCAACGGAGAAGUCUACUGGAUAUGAUGGUGGAUCUACGAAGGCAGAAAGUAAAGAGUCGCCGGAGUUAGAAGGCACGGCAAAUGAAGCAACAACAGAUGAGAAGCCGGCCACGACACAGGAAGAUCCCAAGCAGAGGUAGUUCCGACCUCACGCGACUAGAUUCCAAAGCAGCAUUUUGGGCGCUUGUUUGAUAAGCGAUGAAGCUGGUGACUCCGAGAUAAAGGUAAAUAUAUUCGUAGCGAAGAGUGAAGAGUCCUCUUGGAGGGUCGGCUGCAGUUUUGAGCUCUUGUUGUGAUCCAGCAGGACGUGGAGAUGCCGCAGAAGGAGGAGCUCGUGCGUCUGGAGAAGGUGCAGUUCGCAGAGGAUGACGACGAUGAUGAUACGUUCCAGUACGAGGCGGUGGACGACGGGGCUCUUGGACUGGGCGACGAUGACAACGACGACGAUGACGAGGAGGAUUUCGCCGCGGUGCUUCGGAACCUCAAUCGAUCCACGAUAGCCACGGGCCAAGACGCGACAGCAUCAGCAACGUCAUUGCCUACUGUGGAGGGAGGUGGGGGAGGCACUUACGAUGAAGUAAAUGCAGAGCGCAGCAUUUCCGGCAGUCCCCAGCAAUCGACCAUGGCCCGUGUCCACACGCAAGUGCGGCCGUCAGUGGUAGACGACUUCAUCCGGAAUUUCCUCAUCAAGUUGGGACUUACCCGUACGCUGGACAUGUUCAACCAUGAAUGGUACGAGUUUAUUGCUAAGGGAAAACUGCGCGAGGACGACGUCGGUGUGGUGCCCGACAUCUACGUGCGCAACCAAGCGCUAGACGAGCAAGUGAAGGAGUUGAGGCGCCAGCUGGAUGACACCCGGAAGAUCACGGAGAAAGCGAAGGGCACGUGGGAUAAAUUCCGUCACCAGCGCGACGUCCACAAAAUGCACCACCAACGCGUGUUACAGGAGAAGGAGGCGCUGUCGGUCAAGAUCCGCAAGCUUGAACGUCAUGUCGCGUCGUACGAGCCGCUACUCCAGGAACUGAAAGCCAAGUACGAGAACUCCAUGAAGGAGAAGAUGCUCAUGCGUCUGGAGCGUGAUCGACAAGUGGCCAGGGCUGAAGCACUGGAGUCGCAGAUGAAAGCGCUUGCAGGUGCAUCGACAGCCACUUCCGCGUUUGCUUCAGGUGGAAGAGGCAAAGAUGUGGCCGCAGUCGCUCCUCUCGGCUCAAAUACUUCAGCGACCCACAGCGCACCUUCGUCCUCUUCCUCGAAAACAUCGUCAAGCGGAACGAAAAAGAAAAGCAGCAAGUCAAAGAGCGACGUUCCCGACACGAAGCUUCCUAGUCCUGAUGCGGCGAAUCCAUUCGUCGACAAGCGCUUUGAGCCUGUCAACCCCGAACGUGUUGAGAUGGUUCGCAGUUGCCCAGCACACGGGAACUCCGUGGCUGCAGUGGCUUUCCACCCCAAGAAUCCCAUCGUAGCGACCGUCUCGGACGACGAGACUUGGAAGCUCUGGUCUGCUCCUGCUGGUGAGCUUAUCAUGAGUGGCGAAGGCCAUCGGAGCUGGCUCGCUGGCGUUGCUUUCCACCCGAGAGGAGCUCACGUGGCCACAUCGUCCGGAGACAACACAGUCAAGCUCUGGGAUUUUGUAGGAGCUGCGUGCUCACUCACGCUAGCUGAUCACUCUCACCCCGUUUGGGAGAGUGCCUUCCAUCACGACGGCGACUUCCUAGUCAGCGCAUCCAUGGACCAUACCUGCAAACUCUGGGACCUGCACUCGGGUCGUUGCCGCCGAACCUUUCGCGGCCAUGUCGACUCGGUCAACAGCGUGUGCUUCCAGCCGUUCUCGACGAAUAUCUGCACUGGGUCAGGGGACAAGACUGUCUCCAUUUGGGACCUGCGCUCCGGCCUGUGCGUGCAGACCUUCUACGGACACCAGAACGCAUGCAACAGCGUUGCCUUUGCACUUGCAGGAGACACCAUCGCCUCUUGUGACGCCGAUGGAUUCGUCAAAGUCUGGGACGUGCGCAUGGUAGCUGAAAGGAGCUCACUCGAUGGCGGCCAGCACCCACUCAACAGCGUGGCCUUUGAUCGUAGCGGCAAGAUCCUUGCGGCUGCUAGUGACGACGGUAGCAUCAAGCUCUUCAGCAUGAAGAUGGAGACACUGGCGACUGAGCUUAAGGGCCACGAGGGACCGGUCCAGGUGCGUUGCGGCAUUCUGAGUGCAUUUCUAUUCAUAUUUGCAGGUGGCCGAGCGGCUCCCUUACCUUGUCGUUUGUGCUGCUUACACUGGCGCCCUGUCCUGUUACAUAUCUAUCUGUUUGGCAGUCUGUCAAGUUCGACCCGAAUGGCCGCUUCUUGGCGUCAUCCAGCUCCGACUGCACCUUCCGCCUUUGGUCGACGUCAUAAGAGCCACGGAAGAAGACAAGCCGCCAGUCUGCCCAUUAGUCUUGCACGCCAGCCUGCUGGUUCUGCUGUCUUCAUCACCAUCCUCUUCUUCAUAAUAAAGCUUGGUCGCAGCUACAGUACACCACGUUCAUAGUAUCCACGGUGUGAACCCAGACCGUUGCCGCCUUGGUCGUGCGCGCAGUAAGUGGAGGGCAAUUAAAGACUCCGGAGCCUCUCCUUCUUGCCACCGAACUCUGCGUUGAGCGCGAGGCGGUAGUAGGUGACUUGCCAGUACGCGCAGAGGAAGACUGACCAGAAGAGCGAGAACAGUCUCCACAGCACGUUCGGGAACACGUUCCAAGUGCUGAACGAAACCACGAAGAGCUCGGAAGCCACAAUCAUCGCCACAUAGAGCCAAAAGCGCGUCACGUAAAGCACAGGGGGCAUCGACACCUCCUGGUGCGGAUCCCAGAAGUUGGAGAUCACGCAGGCGAAGUAGAUGUGCAGGAACACGUUCAUGAAGAUCAUGAGUCCGUAGCCGUAGUUGACAGGAGCCAGCGGGUGCACACGCGCAGGAGCGAGACGGAACGCGAACACCACGAGCGCCAUUCGGAACGCCAUGAACGCGUACCGCGCCUGCUUACUGUUGCGCAUGGCCAGAUCCGUGCAUCGCUGCUGAAUCUGACGCAUAGGCAUCGUGAUCUUGAGCGCGUAAAGUGCAGCUGUCAGCAGGGCCAGCGAGCUGAAGAACCCCAGGAGCGUCCUCACAGCCUCCUCCGCUCCGUAAUGCUCC